UCUGAACAAUUGAGCCGUGCUGGACUGAGUCACCGUGUUGGUUCAACAGUGACCAACAUGGGUUCCCUGUAGGCUUUUACCGAACAGAACAGGGCUUGGCUGUUCUGAGACUGAAAGGACUGAAUUAGUUCAGCUAAACUCUAACUGGGCUCCAUUUCACUGGACUGUAUUGAGUUCCCCUGCAGGCCUGGGGGAGAAAGAGCUGGAAUAGACGGAAUUCCCUGCUUUUUUUUUUUUUUUUUUUUUUUUGCAUCCCGCCCUCCCUCUUUCCUUCCAUCCUCCCUCAUCUUCUCUCUUGCACUUCCACAGCAGACAUCCAGUGUUGCAGAGCAGACAAAGGCAGCAGCCCUCAGUGCUUCUGUUCAUCUGCUGGCUCCUUAAAAGACGGCAAGGGAGAAAAAGAACAGGGAUUUUUCUUCUCUUUUUAUAUCCCCUGCUUUUGCACAGAGGGAGCCGCUGGUGUGAGGAAUUACCAGCAGAGAUUUUUAGUUCAUCAUCCAGAGGAUUUUUGGAUGUUUAUUUUUUUAUUUAAUUUUUUUUCCCCGAUUUCCCUUAAUUUUGAGGAAAUCCUCGGACUCUGACAGGGGAGAAGCUAAACGUUUUAGUGUCUCUUUUGCUUUUUCUCUGAUAUAUCUUUGCUGCCUUUACUGUCCAUUCACUCAGCCGGUGCUGGUGGCGGGGGUGGCGGUGAAGCCGGGGGCAGGCAUGGCCCAGCAGGCAGGCAUGGGGGUGACCCACCAGGACACCCUGGCAGUGCCCCCCAUGCCCAAACAUUCCGGCCUGAAUGAAGACCUGGUGAAGAUCCUGCGGGAGAACCUGCUGCAGCCGGAGAGGCCAAGAGGACACCGGCGGUCCCCCUCCUCCAUCUCCCCCCGCCUGUCUCCCCGCAACUCGCCGCGGCUGCUUCGCCGCAUGCUGCUCAACAACAACAUCCACAAACAGAGGCGCUUCACUGUCGCACACACAUGUUUCGAUGUGGACAAUGGCACGUCAUCAGGUCGCAGCCCCCUGGACCCGAUGGCCAGCCCGGGCUCAGGCCUCAUCCUGCAGGCCAAUUUUGUCCACAGCCAACGGAGAGAGUCGUUCCUCUACCGCUCCGACAGCGACUACGACCUCUCGCCCAAGUCUAUGUCGCGAAACUCCUCCAUCGCCAGUGACAUUCAUGGUGACGAUAUGAUUGUAACGCCAUUUGCACAGGUUCUUGCCAGCUUGAGAACUGUACGAAACAACUUUGGUGCAUUAACUAAUCUACAGCAAGACAGAGCAUCCAACAAGAGAUCACCCAUGUGCAACCCGCCACCACCCAUCACCAAGACCACCUUUACAGAGGAGGCCUACCAGAAACUGGCCACCGAGACCCUGGAGGAGCUGGACUGGUGUCUGGACCAGCUGGAGACGCUGCAGACGAGACACUCAGUCAGUGAGAUGGCCUCAAACAAGUUCAAGAGGAUGCUGAACAGGGAGCUGACUCACCUAUCAGAGAUGAGCCGCUCUGGGAACCAGGUGUCUGAGUUCAUCUCCAGCACCUUCCUGGACAAGCAACAUGAAGUGGAGAUGCCAUCCCCUCAGACGCAGAAGGAGAAGGAGAAGAAGAACAAGCCCAUGUCUCAGAUCAGCGGGGUGAAAAAGCUGCAACACUCCUCCAGCCUCACAAACUCUAACAUCCCUCGCUUCGGCGUCAAGACCGAGACCGAGGAUGAACUCGCUAAGGAGCUGGAGCAUGUGAAUAAAUGGGGCCUUAACGUUUUUAAAAUCUCAGAGUUCUCUGGGAAUCGGCCACUGACAGUCAUGAUGUAUACGAUAUUCCAGGAGAGAGACUUGUUAAAAACGUUUAAAAUUCCACUCGACACCUUUAUAACAUACCUGAUGACCUUAGAAGACCAUUAUCAUGGCGAUGUGGCCUACCAUAACAACAUCCAUGCUGCUGACGUCACCCAGUCAACUCACGUGCUGCUAUCCACCCCCGCCCUCGAGGCCGUGUUCACAGACCUUGAGAUCCUAGCUGCCAUCUUUGCCAGUGCAAUUCACGACGUGGACCAUCCUGGAGUCUCCAACCAGUUCCUCAUCAACACCAAUUCAGAGCUAGCGCUGAUGUACAAUGACUCGUCGGUGUUGGAGAACCACCAUCUAGCAGUUGGUUUCAAGCUUCUACAAGAGGAGAACUGUGACAUCUUCCAAAACUUGACCAAAAAACAAAGACAAUCACUGCGAAAGAUGGUCAUUGACAUCGUGCUAGCAACAGAUAUGUCCAAGCACAUGAAUCUACUGGCUGAUCUGAAAACAAUGGUGGAAACCAAGAAGGUGACCAGCUCUGGUGUCCUGCUGCUGGACAACUACUCUGACAGGAUACAGGUUCUCCAGAACAUGGUGCACUGUGCAGACCUGAGCAACCCCACGAAGCCCCUCCAGCUGUACCGCCAGUGGACGGACCGCAUCAUGGAGGAGUUCUUCAGCCAGGGUGACCGAGAGAGGGAGAGGGGCAUGGAGAUCAGCCCCAUGUGUGACAAACACAACGCUUCGGUAGAAAAGAACCAGGUCGGUUUCAUAGACUAUAUCGUUCACCCUCUGUGGGAGACGUGGGCUGACCUGGUCCACCCGGACGCCCAGGACAUCCUGGACACAUUGGAGGACAACAGGGAGUGGUACCAAAGUACCAUCCCCCAAAGCCCCUCUCCUGCUUUGGACGAGCCUGAAGACGGCACUCGACCCCCGGGAGGGGACAAGUUCCAAUUCGAGCUCACCCUGGAGGAGGACGGCGAGUCGGACACUGAGAAAGACAGCGGCAGCCAGCCUGAGGAGGAGGAGGAGGAGGAGGAGGAGGAGGAGGAAGAGGAGGAAAACAGCUGUACUGACUCUAAAACGCUCUGCACGCAGGACUCUGAAUCGACAGAGAUUCCUCUGGACGAACAGGUGGGGGAGGACGAAGAGGAGGAGGAGGAGGUGGUGGAGGAGGAGGAGGGGAAGGCACCUUGCUCACAACCGUGUGUCGUAGAGGAAGAGGUAGUAGAGGAAGAGGAGGAGGAAGAGGAGGAGGAGGAGAAAACCCCACACACAUAGCAGUUUAUAGACAGCACCUGAUUAACUGUUCUUCUUAGUAAUGACAGAUGAUUAUUUAUAGAAUAUUUUUUGGGUUUUGUGGAGUCUGUGUUUUUUAUACAUCUAUGUUUAUGGUUCCAAAGCGUGCGCUGCUCUCCACCUUGGCCACUCCUCCCAUCAGCUUUUAUCCAAACAUGCCCACCGGUACUUCUUCAAGUUUUUUUGCACUCAGGAAAACUCCUUUCCAUUCCCGUUUGUACUGAAGUGGUGUGUCCUUAUUUUGCUUUUACACCUCCCCUUUAAGAAGCUUCUGUUUAGGACAUGGAUGAGCGGCUUCUCAGGCUGCUCGGUGCCCGUUCAUAUCACACGUUUCCUUCCCUCCGCUUCGUCUCAGCCUCGCCUGAAAAAAGUUUUAGCAGUGUUUCUGUGUUUUUAUCAAGUGCCCAUACUCUACAGAGACAUUUAUCGGCGUGUUCAAGGAGAAUCUCCCCCCUCGGUUUAGGUCAUUUCCUCCCCACUGCGAAUUAGGAGGCGCUUUACGCCGCCGUUCCGCUGGAAAAAAAAGAAAGAAAAACCCCGACGGGACGGCGCAGAGAUGAAAGCUGCAGCACACUGGGGAGCUUUUCGAGACGCAUUUCUGAUGUCGGAAGUCUUCCUUGAAAAAAAACCUGACUGAUACAAAGCUCAAAUUUUAACAGCCAUGAAGCUGUCCUAGACCUCUUUAAUUUUUGUAUCGUACUGUAUGUAAGAUUCAGAUAUUUUCUAGAAUUUACUUUUGCAAUCCUAGGCUUUCUUUUGUUAGCAAAGAAGAUCAGAGAACUUUUGGAAAAACCAAUGGGGAGAAAAAAAAAAUAGUUGUCAGUGUUCUGAAGGCUGCAUUACAUUAGGAGUGUUCUGAGGUGUUUGCACUUGCUCCAAUAGCAUUUAUACUACUACUCCCAUGCCACUAUGCUCAUGUUUGGUUAGUCCUGUGAGUUGAAGAUUUGGAAGUGAUUCAUGACGACUCUUGUUUUGGUGAGCGUUUUCACUGGGAGGGAAGCAUGGCGUUGCUUUGCUCUCACUGAAAAAAUGGUUUGUGACAUGGAUGAAGCCUUUGAAUUUUAUUAUUGUUGCCUGCAGUUCUUUUGAACACAUCCUGAGACAAUGCAAUGCUUUGUAGUUGAAACAAAAAGCACCUUUUUUUUUUAGAAGCUUGAUUAGUGCUCCGAAAUAUACAGAAAUAGUGACGGUGUUAGAAAAAAAAAAACUACUGGGGUGAUUUUAUACCAAUGUUCUGAAAGCUUUUAUUAUCCUUUCUUUUUUAUUUUUCUUGCACACGUCACCAACACCUGCUUGUUGUCGGCCUCUUCUUUACCUGUUUUUUUAAGCUUUAGGAGUUUAUUUUUCAUUUAAAGGGUAAUUCCACCAAUUUUACAGAGCACAGGGUGUUUAUGGGUCUCGGGAGUAGUGCUGCAUAUGUGGGGAAAAAAGGAGUAGAAAGCUUUUUGUGGCUCUAGUGGAAGCUGCAUGUAAUCUGAUAGAUUGCCUUUAAGUGAUGUCACUCAGUUUUGUUGCAUUGCAUUGUGGUAAAUGUAGGCACCAGGUUUGUGAAAAGGCCAUCCACUGCUGUCGGCUCCUAUGACGCUGUUAGAGUCUUUAUGGAAAAUGUUCGAACACACGAUCAAAAAUCGAUUCAGCAGAGCGAGAAAUGCCUUUUUUUUUUUUUUGUCCCAUUCUUCUUCCUUUUCAAAACCUGGUGCUUACAUUACCCACAAUGCAGCUUAGCCACUCAAUGAAAGCAAAUUAUCAGAAUACAUGUAGUCUGUAGUGGAGCCACAAAAAAGGUUUUACACUACUUUUUCAUGUAGUUGUACUCCACCCAAAGACCUGUAAACGCACUUACAUGAGUAGAAUGGGUGGAGUUGCCGUUUAAUUUCAGCAUCACAACAUCAAACCCAGUUGCUGUCUUUGUUUUUCGACAAGACAAUCAGCUCCGUCGUGUAGUCAUCAGACAAGACUGUCCUCUACUUAGAUAUUCUAAUGCACUGAUACCUUCAUAUAUCACCACUUUAUUACGUUUUUAAAACUCGCCAAAACAUUCACGAAUGCUUCGGCUUGACCAGUGGUGACUUACACCUUCGCCCACGAGUCUCGUCCUCAUUUUUUAAAAACGUUUUCACUUUACACCUGAUGCUAUUAUUUAUUGGUAUAUUUUUCUAUUUGUUUGUUUUUGCAAUAUAAAGGUGGUACAGUAAAUAUUUCACUGUAGCAUAGACCACAGUACAGGCUUGCCAGUUACAAUACCCAAAUAUACUUUAUUUUUUCCCCUCUCUGUGUACAUAAAAUAUAGAAAAAUCAACAAAUGUAAAAACAAAAACAAAAAAAA